UGGUGUGCAACACGGACCUCAACGUCAUGAGUGUCAUCACGUACGCGGUCGAGCACCUCAAGGUCAAGCACAUCGUCGUGUGCGGCCACUACGGCUGCGGCGGCGUCAAGGCCGCCAUGACGCCCAAGGACCUGGGCCUGCUGAACCCGUGGCUGCGCAACAUCCGCGACGUGUACCGGCUGCACGAGAAGGAGCUGGACGCCAUCGCGGACGAGGAGGCGCGCUACAACCGGCUCGUCGAGCUCAACGUGUACGAGCAGUGCCGCAACGUGGUCAAGACAGCCAGCGUGCAGCAGUCGUACGCCAAGAACAAGUUCCCCGUCGUGCACGGUUGGGUGUUUGGCUUCCAGGACGGGCUGCUGAAGGACCUGCAAGUGGACUUCCCGGGCAUGCUGAGGGACAUUCAGAAGAUCUACAACCUGACAGACAGCUCGGCUUGACGGGGGGGCUGGUUUGGCACUUUAUCUAAGGUAGUCUAUGGAAUUUAUGUACAGGACGAUAUGGAUGACUGAGGCUCAGAUUGGUAAAGGUGGUUCGGAGUACGGAGCUAGACAUCUGUUAACUUGAAAGAUGUGCAUAAGGCGGUGAGAAGGAGUUGAGGUUGAGUAAAUGCUGACUGCUUCUACUGUUAUAUGACAAAAGCAAACUUCAGUGCCUGUGCUCUAGGUGAAUGGGUGAUGAGAAUGGUGAGCGGCGUACGGUGGCUUGCUGGACUCUAUGGUUGUAGACGGGAAGUAGACAAGAUCACAGUACUCGGUGUCGGCUUGGUUGUAUUAAGCGUUUCUGUAGCAUAUCUGCAAGUACUACAUAUAGCCUUCAAGCUGCAGAUGUUUGUUUUCCAUCCGGCCGUACCUAAGGGGUGAUAUGUUUUCGAGAUCUGGAGCUGCG